AUGCUCCCUCGAGUAACUGCAGGAUACUGUUCACUGUCAGGAAUCAGCGAGCAGAUCGGUGAGCUGGAGGGGACGUGUCAGCAGCCAGCGAGUGAAUUCCUGCAGGACAUCAGCAGCACCUUGAGCAGGUGUGAGACGGGGCCGUUCCAGCCGCCAGAGGAGAUUUCGACUGAACUGGGCGAGCGAGUCACGGGUUUCUCCCGGCAAACGACUGCGCUGUCGGAGACGCUGAGGCAGUUCACAGGUACCGGGAAGGGACGGGAGAGGGGAGAGUGAGUGAAG